UCCACACCAAACACUCCAAGCAGGGUGGAGUGAUCAAUUAGAGUACAGAGGUAUGAGGUGGUGGAACAUUAACAGACAGACCGUCAGCAGAGAGAACCAACUGCUGUAAAUCUGUCAUGAAACCGGUGACAUCAUGCCGCAAAGGUAUAUAUUCACAGCAGCAUUUGCACAUCUCAACCCACCGCAAGCAGCACCAGAGUCCUGUUCUUGACGUCUGGGACUAAGACUGAAGCAUGUGUUCUGGGAAUUUUGCGAAGUGUCUGGGUAUCACCCUCAUUCCUCUAGCUAUUCUCUCCUUCCUCUGCAAUAUCCUGCUCCUGUUUCCUGGGGGUAAACCUGCCGAGAACAAUGAUGACAUUACGGACGAGGUCUGGUAUUUCGGUGGGAUCCUGGGUUCGGGUAUUUUGAUGAUUUUUCCUGCCCUGGUCUUCCUCGGUCUGAAGACCAACAACUGCUGCGGAUGUUGCGGUAAUGAAAGCUGUGGAACAAGAUGUGCGAUGUUCUUUUCCAUUAUAUUUGCUGGUGUGGGACUUGUAGGGGCUGGUUACUCUUUCAUUGUGUCUGCACUCGCCAUCAAUCACGGACCGAAGUGUUUAAUAAAUGGCACGUUCACAUACCCCUUCACCGAUGGCGACUACCUGUCCAACCACACGAUGUGGGACGCCUGUGAGGGGCCGUCGGACAUCGUGACGUGGCACCUCACCCUCUUCUCCAUGUUACUGAUCAUGGGCUUGGUGCAGGUGGUGCUGUGCGGGUUCCAGGUCAUCAACGGCCUCAUCGGCACCAUCUUUGGAGACUGCUGCUGUGGGGGUUCUGGAAAUUAAAAGGCGCAAGAAGAACUUCAAUUCAGACCAACUUCUUCUCUCCUCGUUGUAUUCUCCAUUCAUACUCUUUGGACACUGUUGGUUCUCAUUGGCUCGUAUGGAUCCCUGGACAGGUUUACAGCACACAUCCUGUCUCCUGUACUACACACUGGAUCUUUUGCCUGAUGGCAACGCUCAUGAAGGCAAAGGGGAAACGUCAUAUUUACUUGAGAAUAAUUUUAAUUGUCAUUUGAAGUUUGUGUUUAAAAAUAUCUUGUCUGUUUUAUUUUUAUUAUAAGAAUUGUGUAAAUGCUUUAUGAUGUUAAUGUGUAUUCUGCAUUUUACACACAAUCGCAGCUUUCUCACACUUAAUUAUCGCUUGUGUUUGAAUAUGAGAUAUGAAACAUCUUCCUUAUAAAAAGGGUCCUGGUUAACGCUAGCGGUGGUCGUCAUUUUCACUGGUCGCGUUGCCUUCGCUUUCAUGCAAAGCAAAACAGGAAGUCACAGUGCCAGAGGGAAAGAUUAGCGCUGACGGAUGUGACCCGAGGCCAUGGGGUUUCCUUGGAGGGGCUGGCUGAGCCAAAAACAUCAUCUGGCCAGCUCCAGUCUGCCCAAACUACACCUGAAACAUGAUUUAGCCGUACGCAAAG